AUGGCCUCUCUCCAGCCCCCGCCGAAUUUCGAGCGCCGCCCCGGGCGCGGAGGCGCCGACGGGGGUUGGGACACCGUCAGGAAGUCGCUCACCCCGCCGACGAAGGAAGAGAUGGAGGAGCUCGGGCCGUUGUUCGUCGGGCGGUGGGAGACCGGUCCGACGCGCCAAUGGUUCGCGUGCUUUCCCGUGGACGUCGACGCGCGGUUCAACACGUACGCGCCGAAGGGAGGAUCCGACGCGCCGUACACGUCGGACGCCGAGGUCGACGUCACGUGUUGCUGGUGCGUCGGCACGCACGUCGCCAGCACGAGCGUCACGUCCGACUCCGGGCUCGCGUACCAGGAAACCGCCCACGGGCCAAACAGCUUCCACCUCAUGCGGUACAAGGCGACGGGUCACGCGAGCGACGCGUCGGGACGACGGACGGUGACGUACGAGGGCAUCGGCCAGGCCGGCGACAAUCAGCGCGUAUCCGCCGUCUCCACGUACGCCUUCGACAAGUUCGGGGACGCGUCCAUGACGUGGGAGCAGACGGCGCCUUCGAAGAUGACGAUGAGAUUUCGCAGGGUCUCGAGGUACCCGGACGAGCGGAUGAUGUCCGAUAAGUUUGCCCGGAAGAAGAACGAGCCGAGCGCGGCGAAGCUGGGAGCGAUGACGCAGAGCCGCGCGUGA